AUUUCGAUGCCGGUGUGGAGAAGUUGUUCGACGGAUCCGCUAAGCAUCUUUUAUGUCUGUGAUGGGAACAUCCCAUUGCGAUGUCAAUUUGGCAAUACAUUGCCAAUCUUCGAUUGACUCUGGUGCGCUUCCUAGUGAACCGUUGCAAGAGGUUUUAGCCGAAGAUCAAAUGAGGCUCGUAGCGACUCUUCCUCACAACUGGUGCUUCGGUCGACGAAUAUGGGUUCCGGGAAUAUUAUGUCUUCGAAGAUUUGACAAAUUGGCGCAAGAGAAAAUGAAAACUAAUGGAUUGAAUCCGUUAGUGAGUCUUGUAAAAGGAAAAUCCAUAGUCAUUAACCGGUGCAGAGCGUUUCAAAAAGCAUGA